GCUGCGUCAGCGAGCCCUAGUGGUGUGGCGGUGGCCAGGCGGGACACGCGCAUACAGGCCUCUGCAUGAGUUACUUCAGACCCACAGCAGCUGGAAGCAACCUGCACACAGCCGCCCCUUCCACCCUCCACGGCAGCCAUGGUGAAGGCGGUGUGUUGUUCCUGAGAUGAUGAUGGUGGUGGUGGCGGCGGCAUGAUUGGUGUGUUUCGUCCACAAGUGAGAUUGGUACCGGGAUUGGAGCACCAGUCAACUAGCCAGACAGACAGACUAGCUAGUGUUCGUUUCCUUGCUCAGCAGGGUUCCGGUUCACGUAGCGGAGGACGGGCGCGGGUUUAGUAAUUCUUCACUUGGCCUUGCAUGCGGUGGAAGCAAAUGGAUGGUGUUGGGUGGAGGAAGUGAGGGCGGGCGGUAUGGGUCGGUAGGGGAGAGUGGAGGACUGAUGGGGGAGAUUCAGUACUGUGGGAGUGGUGGCAACAGCAGGAGUGGCACCAGCAGCAGUGCCAGCAGUGUGGUGGACGACAGCGACCACUGCCACAUGACUCACGACGUGUACCAGCGCCAGCCCUUGCUUGCCAACCACGACUCCUACAUCAACGCCAAUGGGGUUAGUAAAGACGGAGGUGGGGGCAUGGUGAAGAUACCCAUCCCGUCACCACACAGAGAUGAACCAAGAUUUCCUAAAGAAAAAUUCAAAACACUUCUUGCAUUCCUGUUCCUGUUCUCCAACUGGAUCUUCACCACCGCCUCCCUUGCCUUGACUCAUGAGCGGGUGCCCAACUACAAGCCCUUGCCUGAUGUCACGCUGGAUGCCGUCACCACUCAGGAGUGGGGCCUUGACGUGUCCGAGAUCAUCAUCAUGAUCACUGUAUAUCUUUGUGUCAUGGUCCUGCUUUUUCACAAACACAGAUGGAUUCUCUUUCGUCGGGUAUUUUUAAUGAUGGGUCUCCUGUAUUUUUACCGUUCCAUCACCAUGUACGUGACAGUCCUCCCUGUCGCCAACCCUCACUACCCUUGUGCCCCCAAAGCCAACUACACCAGCCCAGUGUUGGUCGCCAAGCGGGUGAUCCAGCUGCUCUCAGGGUUUGGCUUGUCCAUCAAUGGGAAGCACACCUUCUGUGGGGAUUACAUUUAUUCCGGCCACACAGUCUGCCUUGUCCUGGCAUACUUGGUUGUCAGAGAAUACACACCUCGCCGGUGGUGGCUUCUUCACUGGUGCUUUGCGCUGCUGGCGGUGACUGGGGUGGUGAUGGUCCUCAUAGCGCGGGGCCACUACACCGUUGACUGUAUCAUCGCUUACUACAUCACCACACGAAUAUUUUACAUUUAUCACACACUUGCAAAUAAUUCAAGUCUUAAGCAUGAGAGACAUGAGCAAUGUUUUCCAGGAGAGAAGGCUAAUGCAGAUGCCUUCACUCCACAAAAUGCAGCAAGAGCAAUUUCAUCACUCCACAAAAUGCAGCAAGAGCAAUUUCAACUGAGAGUGGUCCAAGCAAUUUCUUUGAGAGGUUAUGGUGGUACCCGCUCUUCUCGCGGUUUGAGCGCAACGUGCAGGGCGUUGUGCCGCGCCAUUACGAGUGGCCGCUGCCCUGGCCCAGGAGGUGGAGCAGCAAAAACCCUCAAAGAACCUCCUAGUCAAAUAUUAAGUAUUGCUAAGCUCACCAAUGAUGCAUUUUAAAGUACUGAAACACUUUUUAAAUUCUCUUACACUUCAUGAAAAUUGAAGUUGCACCAACCAACAAGUUCAGUGACAGAAGUAAGGAAAUAGUGUCAGUGUGGACAGUGUGGAGUGGUGGUGAUGAUACUGGAAUCGUUUCCCCAGCAAGUAUCGAGUUCGAUCAAAAUUUUUAAAAUUAAAGUGAGAAAAAGCAGAAACAAAUAGUGAACAGUUUUUUGGUGGUUUAUUUCAUUUUCCUGUCAGUGUUUUGAGGAGCAACGCUCUAAGUCUGAAUAGACGAACUUUUGCUAUGAAAAUAAAACGUGUAAUAGAACCUGUGUUUUGGGUGUCCAGGGAAAUGACAAAAUAAAAUCUUCCAAAAUAUAAAUUGUUAAUCUGUAACUGAACUGCUUCUAAAGAGAUCUGAUGAAACUUCUUGGGGCAAAUUUGAACCAGUAGAUGUAGAAUACAUAUAUAUACACAUUUAUAUAUAUGUAUAUAUGCAUAUAUUUUUAGAAGAAUCCUGUCACUGAGACGGACCAUACACCUAACAUUUAGUUCUCUCUGCAGUCUAGGAAACCAUUAUCAUUUUCAUAUCAGGUGUUUUUUACCUCAUUGAACAAGUGCAGUAGUGUCCAGAUGUAUAAGCAGCAGCAGCUUAGUGCCAAUGAGAAGUGCAUUUUGUAAGUGACCUGAUCGUCAAACACCAAACACCGCCUGCCGUGGCCUGGGUGGGUGAGGAGUGAGAAGUGCGGACCCUGUAGUACUGAUAAGGCACCUUUAGAUGUAAGACAGUUGGAUUGCCCAUCAGGAUUUGAAUUAUGUGAGAUAUAUUUUUUUAAACCUUUGUCUCCUGUACAAAAGUAUCAUUGUAAGUAACAAAUUUCAAUUUUAAAUAAAUUGAGAAGUUUAAGAACUGAUAGUCAUUUGAUAAAAGAAAUCACCAGUUUGUACACCAGUAUCAGAAAAUAUUUUUGUAAUCAUAUCUUUCUUGCUGAAGGCUUAUUUAUGACAAGUAAAUGGAUGAUGGGUAACAAUGAUUUCAGUAUUCAAUCAAAUCUCACCACAUGCCAUGAAGAGAUCACAUCUACUGAUAAUAAGACCCUUCCUCCAACCAUAAGUAACCAUAGUAGCAUUCAGUAACAAUAUAUAAUCACUUUAUAUUUUGUGCAAGUUCUAUCUAGUCACAAAAGAGUUUGUUGCCAGCCAGCCAAGCCCACAACACUUCAUCUCACAUAAGCCUCUAUGGGCUCUUCUCAAGAAGGCCUUGGGUGUUUCAAGUCAAUCCUAACAUUAGCCUGUCAAUAUAAUCCUGAACAUAGGGAAGUUCUUUAUAUCCGUUCAUCCUUGUGUGUCUUCAACCAAGAGUGGGGACAAUGAUGGUGCUGAGAGGGAAGGUGCAGAGGAUGAAACUCUGCUGGAUGAAAACUUCCACUUUUUGUUGAAUGCCCUUCAGAGGGAGGGAAGGAAGUGUUAAUGUUGUAUAUGGUGACUGUUUCAAUGUGAUAAUAAAUACUCAUUCCACCUCACAAUAUAAUAAUGUAGGUUUUGAAUUGAACAUCUGUACAAUAUUAUAUUUCUUGUAUAUCUUUCUUUGUAUAUUCAGAAGAAACUGUACAAAUUUCAUACCAAGUCUUUUGUAGUGUACUCUGAUGCAAAUUUAUCUUCAAGAAUGUGUAUAUAUAUAGUUCUCUGAAAAUGUCCAAUCUUCCUCUUCAAGAUAUGAGUGUGCUUGAGCAUGACGUGUGUGCAUGUGGUGCAGCAUAGUGAGCUAAUCUGACACGAGGUAAUGCUACAUUUGCAGCAGGUUCAGGUGCACUGACUUCCUCACCACUGACAACUGAAGAGUUUGCCUUCACCAACAAAGAUUACACUGUGUAGGAACUGGCCAGAUCAUCACAUCAGGGAUAUUUUGUCAUGUAGGGAAAACAGUAGAUGACCAACUCUUAGUCUAUGAUGCUCAGAUUGGGUGAAUAUUUUCCAUUCAAAUUUGUAUUCAAUGUUUCUUUGCAACAGGUUAUUGUAGACCUUUUUAUAGUUAAGGUCCAUCUCACCAUUGUUGCAUCCUUGUACCAUUUGGUGGUCCUUGUGUGGAAUCAUUUCAGGCUUUAUAAGUUUCAGGAUAGACAUUGAUUGGAAGGCAUUAUUCAUUGGAAAGCAUUGUAUUGGUGGCCAUAUAAUUAUACUAAUGCUGUUUGUUUCUCAACAUUUUCAUCCAUUACUGAUCUCGGUAUUUGAAAAGCAAGACAAGGGAUGCACAAUAAAGAACUCCAAUACGUGAAUCAAACGACACGAUCAGAAACAAGGUCUCACCUGCCCAUCAUGGCAUCUGGUUAUGCUACUUGCCCUCGGAUGGAAGGCAUUCCUGGUUAACAAUACUAGAUUCAAUGAAUCUCUUGCAAAAUUGUAUGUUAGUUUAUGGUAUUACAUUGUCAGGUUUCUAUUUAUGAUCUUGGUUGUUCAUUACAGAUUGUAUUUGCAACAUUUUGUGCUCCUGUUCUACUGAACAGAGAUGUUAAGAUUUCAGACCUGUAACUGUAACCUUCAGGUGACUUCCAGUUGUGAUCUUCCAAAGGAAAGUGUAACUGUUACAUGCCACUAGUCUACUGAAUUAAAUUGUUGAUAAGAGGCUCUUUUUGCCAUAAUAAAUAUUAAGAUUUAAGAGUGUAAUAGCAAAUCAAGAGAAAAUGUGGACCAUAAACUUACUUCAGCUUUG